UCAAUAUUUUUAUUAUGUUUUUUCCAUCUUUGCAUUGUGAUUGUACAAGUUGUCGUCUAUAAUAUGGUUGUAUUAUUAUAUUGAGAUAUUUUUUUUAAUUUUCACAAAGAUGGACUUGCAAGAACCAAUUGCUGCAGUGUUCAUCAAAGAAGAAGAAGGCAAUUAUGAAUUCAGCAUUGAUGACUUUCGCAUAAAGGAGGAGGAUGCAUCAAUAUACGAUGAUGAUGAACAAGGGUACUUGAACAGUUAUCAAGAUGGCGGGAUUAAACAAGAGCCGCAGGAUUUUUCAUCGUCGAACAGUGAGUCUGAAAAUUUUGAAGGAAACCAGUUUCUAUUGGAUUUAGUGAAUAAUAGUGAAAAACAGAGUAAUCUUUGUGCUCCAUCAAGUGACAUAAAACUCAAAAGAAAAAUAAUAAAUAAAAAAAAAUUCGAGAGCAAUCAAAAGGUGGAUGUCUCCCAAGAAACAAAAGGACAUUUUGCUUCAGCCAGAAUAAGUCGUGACAGAAUUUUUGCUAACAAGGAAUACUUUUGCGAUCCUUGCCAAAAAACAUAUAUUGGACGGAAAAAUUUUAAAAAUCACUUCAAACUCCACUUUGCAUUCACCCAAGACAAAUACACGUGUCUAAUAUGUGAUGCAAUGCACGGUUUUGUGGGGCACAUGAAUCGCCACAUUAUAGAUAAACAUUUAGUCAACGAUGUCACGGAGAAAUUGUUCAUCUGUCAUCAUUGUAGAAAGAGAUUUUUUGGCAAGAGAGAUUUGGAAAGGCACAUGUUCUGUCAUAUUGGCAGACGCAGAUGGGAGUGUAAUUAUUGUGAAUAUUCCUGUCCUACUAGACAUCGACUGAUGAAUCAUAUGCGUUCCAUUCACGGAAAACCAUCCAUUCACAAAACCUCUAAACGAGUAGAAACAGACAUCACUGAGUUCAUUUGUGACUAUUGUAACUAUAUCACGGGUGAGAAAGCAGUGCUAAGAACGCACAUCAAAAGACACAUGGGGCUUAAGAGUGUGAAGUGCCCAGAGUGCAAUUACGAGUGUACAACCAACGGGGACCUGAAAAAGCACAGCGUGAUCCACUCCAACAAACGGCCGUUUGUUUGCGACAAAUGCAACAAGAGUUUCAAACGAAGGUCCCAUCUGUUGAUACAUUUCAAUUUGAAAUAUGAUUGUGCAGUAAAGAAAAGAGAAAGAAAACAUAGAGCAUAGAAUCUACAUGUCUUUACAAGUGUUUUUUUGUUUUUGACUUUUGUUUCAAUUGAGUUACCCAAAAAUAUAUUAUUUAAAAUUUG